CUUUGCCUCGUGCUUAGAAACCGCAUUGUAUCCAUGAUGGCUGCUGCCUUGGGAAAGAAUCUUGUAACAUUGGUCAAGGGUGCUGGUGCGCCCCUGUGGCAGCCAACCUGCGCGAGGGCCCUCAGCCUCACGGCAGCCCGAAAUGUCCCCGAGGCUCCACCAGCGCGUGCUGACAGCACCUUCAAGGUUACCAUGGUACCAGGAGAUGGCGUCGGACCUGAGCUCAUGACAGCCGUCAAGGAGGUCUUCAAGGCUGCCAAAGUUCCUGUGGAGUUUGAGGAGUUCGGCCACCUACGUGAGGCGGGGGAUGUCCCGGUGGAGUUUGAGGAGUUCCACCUGAGCGAGGUGCAGAACAUGGCCAGUGCCGAGCAACUGGACGACCUACUCACCUCCAUGAAGACCAACAGGGUGGCCAUCAAAGGAAAGAUUCACACUCCUAUGGAGUUCAAAGGAGAGCUGGCAUCCUACGAGAUGAGGCUAAGGAGGAAGCUGGACCUGUUUGCCAACGUGGUGCAUGUGAAGAGCCUGCCUGGCUACAGCACACGCCAUAACAACCUGGACAUGGUGGUCAUCCGCGAGCAGACAGAGGGGGAGUACAGCUCUCUAGAGCAUGAGAGUGUGAACGGUGUGGUCGAGUGCUUGAAGAUCAUCACCCGUGACAAGUCUCGCCGCAUCGCCAAGUUUGCUUUCGACUACGCCACCAAAAAUGGCCGCAACAAGGUCACCGCCGUGCACAAGGCCAACAUCAUGAAACUGGCUGAUGGGCUGUUCCUGCAGAGCUGUGCCGAGGUUGCUGAGCUGUACCCAAAAAUCAAGUAUGAGAACAUCAUCAUCGACAAUUGCUGCAUGCAGCUGGUGCAGAACCCGUACCAGUUUGACGUGCUGGUGAUGCCCAAUCUCUAUGGCAACAUCAUUGACAACCUGGCAGCUGGCCUGGUGGGAGGUGCGGGGGUGGUGCCCGGGGAGAGCUACAGUGCCGAGUACGCCGUCUUCGAAACGGGGGCCCGCCACCCAUUUGCCCAGGCCGUGGGCAGGAACAUCGCCAACCCCACUGCCAUGCUGCUCAGCUCUGCCAACAUGCUGCGCCACCUCAAUCUGAAGUACCACUCCAACAUGGUGUCGGAGGCUGUCAAACGGGUCAUCAAGCAGGGCAAGGUGAAGACGCGAGACUUGGGCGGUUACGCCACUACCACUGAUUAUGUGCGUGCUGUCGUUUCCAACCUGCGCCAUCGGCCCACUUACUGAAGAACCACUGGCACCCACACAACCCUCCCCAGAACUCAGUCCCCAAUCCCUUCAUUCGCACACCCCCUUGACCCUCAGCACACCUAACCGACCCUUGCCCCUCCCUACCCUAAACCCAGUCCAAUCUCGGACCAUCCGCAUCAGACCACGUUUACAGAAACCCUUAAUGUUCAUCUCCCGACUCAUCCCAGCUCGCCUAAUCACUUCACCCUACUCCAACCUACCCCACCCUUGGACCAACAGUAUCAUGUUUGUUACAUCAUAUUAACUGAAGAACCACUGACACCCCGGUCCCAUCAACCCACCUAACCAUGCCCACCUAAUCCAGGUACAUGACCCCAGCCCACCCUAUCCCACUCUACCAUACCCUACCCCUACACUAACUCAAUCCACCCAACCCUACUCUAGACUCGAACCACACGCAUGUCAUGCCAUGGAUCUACCACUGGGGGGCUCUGUGACACCUAGGCGCAGCUUCAGCCCCGUGAGGCUGCAAUAUCGGGCACUUCAUAUCAGCACUGACAGGGGCUGUGAAAGGACACAAAUUAAUCACGGUCACACGCCCAUCCCAGUUCGUGUCCUCAACUCGCUCCUAAAGAUUUCUCUGGCCUUUCCUCACAGAAGAACCAUAAAUGGACUCUCUCUCUCUCUCUCUAUGUCUCGAGUGGAGACUGCAAGACUUCUUUGGUGGUCUAGACAAUGGUUGCUAUUUUAAGUAUAAUGUCAAGUGGUUCCUUGUGGAACCUGAUCUACUCAUGUGGCUCAGCCCAAAGAGAACCAUCGCUUAGCGGAUUUCCAUAAUGGUGUUCUAUUUAAAGCCCUGAUUGUUCCACAGUCUAGAUCCGGUUCUCUGAUCAGGCCCUGUGAUAAAGCCUGCUCCCUGCAUCGCGUUUGCAUUUCCUCUCUCUCUCUCUCUCUCUCUCUCUCUCUCUCUCUCUCUCUCUCUCUCUCUCUCGCUCUCGCUCUCUCUCUCUCUCUCUCUCUGCUUAUCUGCAUACUGCUUUUGUUCCAGGCUUUGAUACUCCCGUCUCGUCUGUCCUCCACAAAGUGUGUGCUCUUCUGCGCUUCACUCCUUGCGUCUUUUUCUUUGCGUGUGUGUGUGUGUGUGUGUGUGUGUGUGUGUGUGUGUGUGUGUGUGUGUGUGUGUGUGUGUGUGUGUGUGUGUGUGUGUGUGUGUGUGUGUGUGUGUGUGUGUGUGUGUGUGUGUGUGUGUGUGUGUGUGGGCAGUGCAGGCUCUGCAUUGGCAGUCCAGAGAGGCAGUCAGACUUGCUGUGUGUGUGUGUGCAUUCGCGCAUGCAUGUGCAGGUGUGUGCAUAUGUGUGAGCGCGGUGCAGUUUAGCCCGGAGCACUGUCAGCAGAUUCCACUGCCACUCUACCAGAUGCUAUCUGCUGCCUGUCUCUUCCUGACCCAGACCAUCCGCUGUGACACAGCAUUCCCAGGAGAGACUGUGUAUGUUGCUGUGUGUGUACGCGUGUGUGUGACAGACUGUGCAUGAUACUGUAUGCCUGUGAGUGUGUGUGUGUGUGGUGUAUGCUCCGCUUCUCGUAGUCUUUUGUUCUACCUACACUCAGGUUAACACACUUCCCAGCACUCCUCGCGAAGUCUCUCUCACCCAUCUCUUGUCCUUCUCUCCUCUGCACUUUUUGCAGUCCUUUCUGCCACCCUUUCUAGUGCUGCUCUGCUCAAUGUCUCCUCUUCUUUCUCUUCCCUGAUCUUGUCGUCAACUCCUCUUCCUCCUCUCUUCCUUCUCUUCCCCCUGGCUUCAACUAGUCACUAGUCUUUUAUUUUGAUCUUGUCCGCUACACUACCUCUGAUUGGAACUCAUGGAGUGUUAUCCAACAUAACUUACUGUAGCACUCACCUUCUAACUUUGACCUCUGGCCUGUUAUUUAGCAGCCAUUAUUGAUCCAAGGCUGGGCAGCCAUUGGUCACAGCAACAAGGAACUCCAUUAUUAGCAGUUGCCAUAGAAACCUGCCUAGCGUAUUACUCUCAGCUAGUCGACAAGUAGAAUCCACUCACUCGUUGCUUCUGUUUGGGCAACAAUGUGGUCCAGUUAGCCAAUUUGUAAACACAUGUGAAACGGUUUGUCAUUUAACAUUUCCUGCUGUGUCAUAAUGUUAAGAGAACAGCUCUUUAUCUAUCCAACAGUGCUGCUAGCUGAUGCAUAAACAGUUGUGCUUAAAGAAAUGUCUAAGUCUUAAAUCACACAUCUACAUUCUUUUUAGUUUUGUAGUGUCUUAAGUGUCAUUCACAAGUAUUGUUCUUACAUUAGUCUGAAACGCAUAUUCGCAUUUACAUUCUUUCCUUUUGUUGGGUUUCAUUCAGAAAUGCUUCAGUCUUAAAACGCACACAUUAUGUUAUUGUUGUAGUGUCUUAAGUUGUAUUUAAGCUGGGGUCCAUUGGUCUUCAGUAGGGUACUUGAGAAAUCAGUUACGAGAGACGAUAUUAAUCAUGAAUCUCUCUCAUCUCCAGUGUAUGCAUACAGAUGGCUAUUGUGUAUCUAUUGCGGAUCAUGAUGCAUUGUGCUAUUGAACGGUGGAAUAAAUAUUAAAUUAUCGGUAACGAU